AUGGGAUGCCUUGGCUCUUGUGGAAGUGAAGAAGAGUGUGUUACGAAAUGCUUCGGCCGACGACCUUUGCAUUCGCCUGGAGCGUCGUUGCGUAGGCAAGCUCCUCAAAACUCACAUCCAAGCUCCGGCAUAGCUACUGUUACUCCUCUUGUAGAGCUCCGCAACGAAAACAACCCGCAAGUCGCUCAGCAGGUUACCCCACCUAGGCCACAGCCCGUUCGUCAUGCUAAAGCUGAAGAAGGCUCGACAUCAGAGAGAUCGUCACCGAACCCAUCCGGAAGCAAUGAUGUGGUAACAGUCACGACCCCAACCCCAGCGCGUGGCCAACACCCUCCGCAAGUCUCUUCGAACGCCUUCGCUGAAAGGAGAGCUGGCCCUCCACGAACUAAUCCGUCCAGGACUUUCGGCUCGCAGUGUGAUCCAAAUGAUCCGGCUAGUGCACGAGUGGCUCUAUCUGUCAACCCUGUAAGGGUUUCUGCGGCUCGAGACCGGCAUUUUGCCCGUAUGGAUUCGCCAAGGCCCCAGCCUAGCCGUUCAGCGGUCUCCAUCAAUCCGCCAGCCGCCAGUAGCUGGGAAUCCCAUUCAGCCGCUUUGACCAGGCGACCGGCUGUUGCACUUCCAGCCUUAGCUGCAUCCUCGCAGCAGCGGAUUAGAGGUACGAGCAAGGGACAGCUUUGCUCAAUACGUGAGGAUGAUAGGAGGUGGCCAGAUGGUAGCAGUUCACUAAAAGGCGGGUCCUCUGGGUUUUUGCGAAGUUCGUCACGCGAGGCAGAGACACAGGUUCAGCAUCCAAGUCCUGAUUUGGGUUUGAGGACUGCUGCGACUUCGAGAAUUGCUGGUCCUUCGAGAGCUGCCACUUCUCGGAGACAUGCUGAACCGUCAGUAGGUCACGCAGGUGAAUAUCGUUUCAUGCGGCUUGGUAUCGAAUCAGAGUUUUUCCUCGCUGCGCUCAGCUCAAAGCAUGAUGCAGCUCAGCUCGGAAGCUUCGUGAACAUGCUGGCCAGCAGCUACAACAGGGCAGUGGGUUACAAACAUCGUCGUAUGCACCGUACUCUAGACUCGCCCCAUGGCGCUCAUAACUACUCGAAGUGGACCAUGGCCGAGGAGCCUAGUCUAGAGUCCGGGGUGAAAUCACCAUGGCCACUGGAGAUGAUCUCACCGAUUUUCGACGUCUACCCACUGUCAGGGUGGCGACGCCAUGUCAUAGCGAUCUGGAACUUCCUAGAACAGCACUAUUCCAUUACCACAUGUGACUCGUGUGCCACUCAUAUACAUGUCUCGCUCGUUCCACACUACGACUUGAAAGACCUCAAGCGAGUUGCAGUCUCCGUCAUACAUUUUGAGCCAGCCUUUGAAGCUUUGAUGCCUGAAGCACGCAGAGGAAAUCCGUUCUGCCAAAGCAACUGGCUGGAUAGCCCUCGCUUAGCACGAGCUGGGCUGUCCCGCUCUGAGUCCAUUGCUGAAAUAGAACGAAAACUAGAUGCCUACGAUUUAAUAACGUCAAUCCAGAAAGGUGGAGACAAAUGCUUCGCUUGGAAUUUUGAGAGCUUGAGAGAACACGGUACAAUAGAAUUUCGCAAACCCCCGGCAAGCUCAACUGCUGAUGAGGCUCUUAGCUGGGCUGAACUGACAUUGAACUUUAUACAAGCAUCGUUGAAAUACGGCACGUCCCGCAGGCUGAAGAGGAUCCCGUCAACUAUCAAGGGACUGCGCUGGUUUCUGGAGCAGGUCUAUGUUCCUGGCAUGAACGUCCCUAGCAGGUUAGACAGGAUAUGGGCAGGUAAAGACGAAAAUGCAGCUUUGCAACCUUGGGUGUGGACUCGAAGGAAAUUAGAUGGGGACAUGAGCCUGGAUACACGCCUCCGAAAGUUGGCAGCGGCAGAUCUGGAGUUGGUUCUUACGCAUGCAAAAUCCAGCAAAGAACCGUACUGGCCACAGGAAAGAACCCCAUGA